AUGGAGGAGGGGGGCGAGGGUGACGAGGAGUACGAGCACGGGGGGUACGAUGAGGAGGGACAUAUGCACGGCAUGGAAUACGACUACGAGCGUCCACCGUAUCCGUUACGGAACGCGCCGUUUCGCGGCGGACCGCCGGGCGCGUAUCCGCGCGGCGGACCGCGUGGCAUGUGGCGUGGCGGAAUGCAGGCCGGUUACGGAGGACCAGGCGGGCCAAUGGGCGGCGGAUGGGGUGCACCCGGACGCGGCGGACCCAACUGGCGGGGCGGCGCGCGCGGAGGCGGCAUGAGGCCGCCGCUCUUCCACGGCGGACCGCCGCGCGGCGGACCGAAUGGACCCGGCGGAGCGGGACACUACGGCGAGAUGGAAGAGGAGUACUACGGCAACGCGAACCAUUCACCGUUAGGACCAAGAGGUAGAGGUGAGCGAAUGACGUCAUCGUUUUGGUUGUUCUGCAAUGACGUCAUAAUGUAG